CACUGUUAAAGGAAAAUUCUCUGAACGCAUUCUUUCGUAACCCUUACCCAUUCAGCCAAAAUACUGUCCCUCCCACAUGACCGACACAAUUUGCCUUUUGAUGCGGCCACAUCAGAAUUACACAAGCUUGCUGUUUUAUCUCCCGUUAUCUUCAUUUUUAAAGCCUUCGCCUUUUCGACCACUUUACCUCCUGCUUGUACAGAAUGACAUUCUCGAGGCUUAUCGGCAGACCUGCCAGUUGGCAGCCCUUGGUGCGCGGUCAAAAAGCGAGAACUUUUGCAAAGAUAGUAGGCGAGACGAGCCAUGGCAAGGUGCCUAUGUCAAAGUUUGAACAGAAUCGUUUCAUCGAUUAUAAGACGAUGGACGACCGGUUGCAGAUAGUACGAAGAAGACUGAACCGGCCACUGACGCUGUCUGAAAAAACCCUGUAUGGUCACCUGGACGAUCCUGAGCAUCAAGAAAUCGAACGAGGAAAGUCGUACUUGCUGCUUCGUCCAGAUCGUGUAGCUUGUCAGGAUGCCACUGCUCAAAUGGCUCUACUACAAUUUAUGUCAGCUGGCCUACCGUCUGUCGCGGUACCAACCACCGUACAUUGUGAUCAUCUGAUUGAAGCUGAAGUAGGUGGGGAAAAGGAUCUUCCUCGAGCUGUCAGCGCCAACAAGGAGGUCUAUGAUUUUCUGGCAACUGCAUCUGCCAAGUAUGAUAUUGGAUUUUGGAAACCAGGCUCUGGUAUCAUUCAUCAAAUCAUUCUUGAGAACUACGCCUUCCCCGGUGGUCUUAUGAUUGGUACAGAUUCGCACACUCCUAAUGCUGGUGGACUUGGUAUGGUCGCCAUUGGUGUUGGUGGCGCUGAUGCUGUGGAUGUAAUGGCCAACCUUCCUUGGGAACUUAAGUGUCCAAAAGUCAUUGGUGUUAAGUUGCAUGGCAAGAUGUCUGGAUGGACAUCAGCGAAAGACAUCAUUCUGAAGGUUGCAGGAAUUUUGACUGUCAAGGGUGGUACUGGAGCUAUUAUCGAAUACCAUGGACCUGGUACUGAAGCCAUCUCAUGUACUGGAAUGGGAACCAUUUGUAAUAUGGGUGCCGAAAUUGGUGCCACCACCUCCGUCUUUCCAUUCAACGACCGAAUGGCUGACUACUUGCGAGCCACCAAUCGUGAGAAUAUCGCGAACUAUGCCAAGCAAUAUAGCGAAAACCUACGACCGGACGAAAAUGCCCAGUACGACGAACUAAUUGAAAUUGAUUUGGACAAACUGGAACCUCAUAUUAACGGUCCGUUCACACCCGAUCUUGCCACACCUCUAUCCAAUUUCAAGAGCGCUGUGUUAGAAAAUAAUUGGCCAAAAGAAAUCAAGGUUGCCUUAAUUGGAUCAUGCACAAACUCCUCCUACGAAGACAUGUCCAGAGCUGCAUCCCUGGCUCGACAAGCUGUUGAUAAGGGUCUGAAAGUUAGAUCACAAUUCACUGUCACCCCUGGAUCUGAGCAAGUUCGUGCUACCAUUAAGCGAGACGGACAGAUGGACUCCUUUGUUGACGCUGGAGGAAUGGUACUAGCGAAUGCUUGCGGUCCUUGCAUUGGUCAAUGGAAGAGAACCGAUGUUCGAAAGGGUGAAAAGAAUUCCAUCAUAAAUUCAUACAAUCGAAACUUUACUGGCAGAAAUGACGCAAAUCCUGGAACCCACGCAUUUGUCACCUCGCCAGAAAUUGUCACUGCCAUGAGUUUUGCUGGAGACCUUACCUUCAAUCCCAUGACAGAUAGUCUCAUUGGUGCCGAUGGAAAGCCAUUCAAGUUUCAAGAACCUGUUGGUGAUGAGCUACCCUCGCUAGGCUUUGAUCCUGGCCAGGAUACUUACCAACCACCUCCUGAAGAACGCAGUCAGGUGGAUGUGAGCGUCGCUCCCAACUCACAGCGAUUGCAGCUUUUGAAACCAUUCGAUGAGUGGAAUGGUGAGGAUAUUAAGGAAGCACCAGUGCUUAUCAAAGUGAAAGGAAAAUGCACAACAGACCAUAUUUCCAUGGCAGGACCCUGGCUGAAAUAUCGUGGCCAUUUGGAUAACAUUUCCAACAAUAUGUUGAUUGGAGCUGUCAAUGCUGAAAAUGGCGAAACCAAUCAUGUUCGCAAUAUCCUCACCAACGAAUAUGAUACCGUUCCAGACACUGCCAGGCAGUACAAGGCUGAAGGUAUCAAGUGGGUUGUGGUAGGUGAUGACAACUAUGGUGAAGGUUCGUCUAGAGAGCAUGCAGCACUUGAGCCGCGCUUUUUGAACGGUGCUGCCAUUAUCACAAAGUCAUUCGCUCGCAUUCACGAGACGAAUUUGAAGAAGCAAGGUAUGCUGCCAUUGACCUUCGCCAAUCCUGCAGACUAUGAUAAGAUCGAUCCUACUGCCAAAGUGGACAUUCUUGGAUUGAAAGAAUUCCAGCCUGGCAAGUCGUUGCUUCUCAAGGUGCAUAACCCCAACGGUUCUGUAGAAGAGAUCCCUGUCAACCAUUCGUUCAACGAAACUCAAAUUGAAUGGUUCAAGGCAGGAUCUGCUCUAAACAUGAUUCGAAAGAAAUUAGCAUCUUCAUAACUUUCAAUUGACAUUCUUAUACAGUAGAUGUAAUGCAAACGUCUGAACUGCACAACAAUCAGCGAGUAAAAACGCUAUAAUGCUUUAUCGGAUACAUAUUCCCUGUUAUCCCCCAUCGUAAAUGAAAAACGCCUUUGCAAGUAUCUUAGUAGCCUGUUG